UUAUUAUAUUACGAUUUGCUUAGUUGUCAAACAUUUGCUUAGUGCCGAACUACACCUGAUCGCUCAGUGCUGGGCAUGAAUAUCACAUAAUUAUAUUUAGACAGCUAUAAAAACGUGUCAUGGAUUAACACCACACAAUAUCUGAUCAAUGUUUGCACCAUGAGAAACUGCUAAAAAGUGAAAACUAAUGAUCGCUGUGGAGCCUCGAGUCGUGAUCGAUGAAAUAAUGCCGGCAAUGGCGAAGGCGAAUCGCACAUCCAUCCAUGGCAUCAUCAGCAGCACUAUUUCCCCAUUUCAGAUUCCCAAGACCCCCGAAGAGCCCCAUAGCCCCAUACCUUACCCACUAACCCACAGCAUGCCCACACCAAACAGCAAACUUAUUUCGGUGCUUGGGCUCCGUCGCAUUCGCGAUUCCAUCGUCGCAGUGCGCGGACCGUUGCCUAAAAAAAAAAAAAGAAAAAGAAAAGAUUAGCAUUGGCAGAACGAUGUACUAUGUACUAUGUACUAUGUACUAUUUCGCGUUGAGCAGACGAUGCAUUUCCAUUAAUUGAAUUCGCAACCGCCCCUUUUCGGAGCCCCAAAAUGCGCCCAUCCAAGGUUGGCAAAGCACAUGUUAUUUAUAUGCUCGUUGGCUAGGAAAAAACAAACAUUUCGAAAAAACACAGUGCGUUAAAUGUUUAAAAGUUGUGAAUGGGAAAAUCAAGUGCAAUAUUCAAACGAUUGUUGACCCGGAAAACAACAUGUGUGCUACAAACAAUAAACAAAAUUGUAAACAAGUGCAAAUCGUUGCAAAAUCGACAAUAAUACGCUAAUGAAUCAAAAAUCACUGCAUUAAGCAUUACAAAGUCAGCGCCUAAAUGACAUGGCAGAGAAACGCCUAUUGCUGGAUCCAUCCGCCACCGCAGCGACGGAGGAGCCGGAAGUGCAAAUGACCCGACGGGCGGGAGGAGUGCUCCAUGCCAUCCAGCACCGCCCACUUCCGGUGAGCAGGAAGUCGGUGCUGGGACUGCUGGUGUCCUUUACGUUCUGCUACUUUCUGAUCGGCCGAACCGGCUGGGUGAACGUCCUCGAUCUGGACGUGCUGCACUCGGAUAACUACGUCGCGGUGCAGCAUCAAUCGACGGUGUUGGAUGAACGUGAUACCAUUACUGAGUCCAUUCCAUCUGUCCCGAAAGGCUUCCUGGUGUACAGCAACUCCUGCCGCAUCAUGGAGGUGGAUCCGUACAAGAACGAGGUGAUGCGCCACUUUAAGCGCAUCAAAUACAAAUCCUGCCAGAAGUUGCCGCCGCUGACGCACGUGAAAUUCGAUGCAAAGUCCCAGAAGUACCUGCUCAGCAUCGAUGGAGCUGCUUUCAGUCGCUAUCCGGUGGGCAAACAGCUCCACUGCUGCUACAUGGCCGUGCAGCGGGUGGACGAGAUGAAGGUCAAGUACACCAAGUGUCAAACCUUCAAGGGCAGCACCCUGCUGCCCAAUUCCGCCGAGGGCAUCAUCGUCAAGUGCGAUGCAGGCGGCCAUCAGAUCUAUAUCAAUGGCCAUGCGACCGUGCCCGUCAAGGAGGCAGUGCAGCAGCGAUUACAAGUGGCUGCUGAGGCGGACGCCAAGGGCUAUCCGAGACCUCCGAGCGUCCUGAUGCUCGGCAUCGAUAGCAUAUCCCGUGUUAAUCUCAUCAGAGCCAUGCCCAAAACGGCGCAGUAUCUCUACGACAACGGCUGGUUCGAGCUGGCGGGUUACAACAAGGUGGACGACAAUACGUUUCCGAACAUCAUGGCCGUGGUCACCGGCUACAAUCUGCCCAAUGCCGUGCACGCAUGCUCGCCCUUCGUGGUUGGUGGCCUGGACAAGUGCGACUACAUCUGGAAGCAGUACCAGCAGAGGGGCUACGUGACCGCCUAUGCGGAGGAUGCCGUCAAGAUCAACACGUUCAACUACCUGAAGAAGGGCUUCAAGAAUCCGCCGGCGGACUACUACUUGAGACCAUAUCUAUCCGCCGCCGAAUCGCAGCUGGAUCACACGACGGUCAAUGGUCUGGUGCACUGCCUCGGUUAUGUGACGGCGGCGGAGCACGUGUACGACUAUGGACUGGAGUUCACCAGGCGGUUCCUCAACGAGACGUACUUUGGUUUUUUCUGGACCAACACGCACAGUCACAGUGACAUCUCGCAGACCAGCAGCAUGGACAGCUAUAUGGAGGAGUAUCUGCGCAAGCUGGUGCGGCAGGGCACCAUGGAGAACACGGUGGUGAUCUUCUUCAGCGAUCAUGGCAUGCGGUUUGGACCAACGCGUGCCACCUGGUCGGGUCACUUGGAGGAACGUCUGCCGGCCAUCUUCAUCUGGUUGCCCCAGCACCUGCGUAGCGCACAUCCGGAGUUUGUGCGCAGCCUGCAGCUGAACAGGAAUCGCUUGACCACGCCCUAUGAUCUUCACCUGACCAUGAAGCACAUACUGGCCCUAUCUGGGCGCGCUGAAAUGGAUUCAUUGGGUCCGGCACCCGACUGUCCGCAGUGCCAGAGUCUACUGACCCCCGUUUCGCCGCUUAGGAGUUGCUCCGACGUGGGCAUCGCGGAUCACUGGUGCACCUGCUGGGAAUACGACACUAUCUCGAGCAGCUCGAAGGAAUCGCGUAUGCUCGGCAAGCGGGUGGUCAGCUACCUCAACAACUAUGUGGCCGAGUUCCGCAACGGAUCGUUUGCCAAGCUGUGUGCUCCACUCUCCCUGCACAGCAUCAAAUCCGCGUUCCGGGCGCAUCACAAUGCCUUCGAUCCGGAGGAGGUGCACACCUAUCGACUGAUCUUCGUCACGGCGCCCAAUAAGGGACAGUAUGAGGCCACCGUGCGGCACAAUCAUACGGAUGACUCCGUAAAGGUGACCGGAUCCGUGAGUAGAUUGAACGUCUAUAGCGGAGAGGCGGAUUGCAUGAAUGAUUUUGCUGCCAAAAAAUAUUGUUAUUGCCGAAAAAAGAAGGGAUAGAUGUAGUAGGACUAUACCUAAGGCUAGUGCCCAAGUGCCGUUACUCGGAUUAGGAUCUAAAAGUACAAUUAACUUAAUACUAUAUUAUAGAAAUCCUUCCUCUCUCUCUGCCUAAAAGUAUCUGGUGUCCAAUGCCGAUGGAAAAAGUAUACUCAAAAUAGAACUCCUAACGCUUUGAAGUGUUCUGUGAAUACUGUUUGCAUAA